UUGUGAUCCUUUGUCCUGAAUUGAGAUAAUUACCGAAUUGUUGCGUAUAUGUUUGAUAUGAAAGCAAUUUAUUUGUAGUGCGUUACACACAUUCCCCUACACAAUGAUAACUAGCUUCGGAGAAAAGAUCGAGGACUACGAAGUGUAUGAAAUACUUGGCAAGGGCGGGUUCGCUAGCGUUUAUCGAGGAAAAUGUCUACGUACUGGCGUUUUCGUUGCGAUCAAAAUGAUCAACAAGCAAGCAAUGCAUUCUUCGGGAAUGGCCAACCGGGUACGACAAGAGGUAACCAUUCAUUCGAAACUGAAGCAUCCAUCCAUACUGGAGCUAUAUACGUUUUUCGAGGAUUUAAAUUAUGUCUAUCUGGUGUUGGAAUUGUCGGAGAAUGGCGAACUUCAGGAAUAUUUACGAAAGCGGCAAACACCUUUCGAUGAGUAUGAAGCAGCGCUGGUGCUGCGGCAAGUGGUCGAUGGCCUGCUGUACUUACAUUCGCACCAUAUCCUACAUCGUGACAUGUCCCUUUCGAAUCUGCUGCUCACAAAGGAUAUGAACAUCAAAAUUGCCGAUUUCGGACUUGCUACGGAACUGAGUAAACCCGACGAAAAACAUCUUACCCUUUGUGGUACACCGAACUACAUCUCACCGGAAGUCGCUUCCCGUGCAUCGCACGGCCUACCGGCAGAUGUGUGGGGUUUGGGCUGUAUGCUUUAUACACUUUUGGUUGGAAAACCGCCAUUCGAUACGAACGGAGUGAAAUCGACACUGACGAAGGUAGUUAUGUCCAGCUACAGCAUGCCGGCGCACAUCUCAUCCAAUGCACGGGAUCUUAUCGACCGGUUGCUGCAGAAAAACCCGAACGCACGCAUCAAACUGGAGGAUGUGCUAUCGCAUCCGUUCUUAUGCCGGUACGAUCUUGGGUUGAAAACUUCCACAUCCGGCAUAUAUCGUCAUGCACCGGUUCACGGUGCAGAUAGUGGUGUAGACACCCUUUCCAGUGGUGGCCGUUCGGAUCUGUUCUAUUCUCGUACACGUGGCACGAUCGAUCGUAGCAACAGCGACAGUGGCAUCAAUCAUGUGAAUACCCACGGUGUCAACGAUCACCAAAAUCACUAUCAGAAUCAGCACCAUCUGCAAAAAUCGAUGGAAGUAAAGGACAGUAUAGUGUUGGGUUUACAACGACAUCCUGCGGCAUCACACAUAUCUUUGCUUCAGAAGUUUAACAGUUUGGAACUUAUGGAAAAGUACAAUAUUGACAAAGCGGAACUGACUGGAUUUGGUUCCAGUAUUCUGCAGCAGCAGCAGCCCUCGAAUUCGACCUCAGCCUUAAAUGCAAUGAGAAAAACUGAGUCAGCUACUAAUAGUGGGUGUAUUCCAUCCCAUCGACUAGGCGAAAAUUUGUCACAUGAUCCAGUUCACCUCCAACCGAAACAAAACAAGAUUCCUGUGCAAUACGAUUUUCUGAACAACAUUUGUCAAGGCACUGCCCCAGCCAGUUGUGUUUCGAAACCGAUUGCGUUUGUGCAGGAAGCGGCGGCACGAAAAGAACUACAAAUGCCAUCACAAUUAAACACAUCCCGUCUAAUGCCCACGCGACACCGUACAAAGCACGUCAUUCUCACGAUAUUGGCAGACAGCGGCGAAGUGGUGCUAGAGUUUGUGAAGCCGAAAGGACGAUUGCGUGAAGAUCGCGUCGUAGAUGUGUGUCGGAUAUCGAGCGACGGGUUACGAUUCGUGUUGUAUCACCCCGGCGGUAGUCGAGGUGUUCCGAUCAAAAAUGAACCUCCCGAUUUACCGCUCGCUGGAGUUGAUUCAAUUUACAGCUACGAAAAUAUUCCCGAAAGGCACUGGAAAAAAUACGUGUAUGCGGCACGGUUUGUGAAUAUGGUAAAGGCUAAAACACCAAAAAUUACGCUUUACAGCGAAAUGGCAAAAUGUCAGUUGAUGGAAACUCUACUGGAUUAUGAGGUCGUUUUUUACGAUGGAAGUAAAAUUGUGCUUAAUUCAAAUGACCAAGAGUUGAAAAUGUUUGAUAAGACGGGAAAGGUACACCGAGGCUCGGGAGCUAUACAAUCAGAAGCGUUUAUAAAAUAUGAGCACUUUCAGCAAACAUUAGAACAUUGUCGGACUAUCGAGCGUACGUUGUCGUGUUUAUCACUAGGUGGCAAGACGUUUCCCAUCAUUAUUGGUAGACGGCCGGCAACCGCCGGGACUGGAACUAUCACUGGCAGUAAUGCUAAGCACAGUUUCGCAUUCUCCUCGUCACCAGCGACUCCGAGGACACCUCAUCAGAAUCUGGUGCUGGGUUCAUUCGCCAAUUCCUACAACUCUGAAACACCUACGAAUAACUACAGCACUUCUCGAAUGCGGCAUUCAAACUUGUCUGCAAAUACGAAAAGCUGCACCAUUGCCGGAAUUGGUACAGCCAUGCUGCACGCUCAAGGCAUUGUAGAAGUAAACUUUUUCGACGGAAGCCGACUGACACUGGUGCCUAAAAAUAUGACCGGCGCCGGUAUAACUUACACUGCGCCUCCAGGAUCAGGUAAUGGGGUAGGUCUUAACACCAAACAAUAUCAUUUUUCGACCCUACAACUCGACAACGAUGAUAUCACUCAGCAACGGUUACCAGCGGAUUUAAGAGAGAAAAUCAAACAAAUGCCAAAAAUCAUACAGGAACUCAAUGUUGCGGCAGAAGUUAGAAUACCUUAUAGUACCGGGAGUUUAUCAUCGACACCAGUGUCGCGAUUCCACUGAGAGACAGUUACAAAUAAAAACCAGGUACCUUGUUGUAUUGAUAUCAUUAUCGUAGAGAAAAGUAGUCUAGAAUACGCUAACAGAAGUUGUUCUAAGAUUGUGCAAAUUAUAUUUAAUAGUUACUAUGUUUUAGCAAAUCAAUGAUUUACGCAACGAAAGCAGAAGUACCUUAGAGAUUUAAAAAAAUCAGCAGUUUAGAUAAUAGAUUAUUCGAAUGUUUGCACUAUA